CGAACCAGAUACCCUACACAGAGAGAAAUCAAAAUUCAAAAUCCGCAGCAAAAGCGGGAAAACAGAAUCCCAGAUCCCCAAAGAUAAUUACAAUCUCGUUAAAAAAAUAAUUAAAACCCAUUUUCACAAAUUCAUUUGCCGAUCUUCAACUUCUCUAUCACCAUCCCUAUCCCUCCCUUGAAGAUUCAUAGAAAUGGCAGAGAAGAGCAGUAGGAAACCGCAGAGCUUGAACGAUCGUCACUAUCGUCUUCUCCAAGACCUCGCUUCUCCUACUAAACCGUCCUUUAAUCUACCCUUUUCCGAUGACGAAGACGACGUAAAGGCGUCAGUGGUUAAACUAGAAGGUUCUUCGAAACGAUACGAUGUCAUUUGCGAAGAAGAAGAUGUAAAUUCUUCUGUGUUUGAGCAGAAAGCUUUGUCCAAACAAUUUGAUUCUGUUCGUGAAGCAGAACGAGAUGUAAACAUGGUUAAAUUGAAAGCUUUAUCCAAACAAUCUGACACUGUUUAUGAAGCCAAAAGUGAUGUUUUCAAAGUCUCAUCUCAAGACUAUGCUCUUACUGUUGACAAAUCAGUGCAUCAGGAAGAAAAGCCAGUAAAGGUUAAAAUCCAAGGUAGACGCCGCCUGUGCAAAGUUUCAUAUCAUGAUGUUGAUAAUGUUAAGGGUAGCAAUGUUGUUGAUGGAGAACCUGAACUUUCGGAUAUUGUUGAUUUUAAUUCACCCCCACUGGCUAGAAACAUGAGUAAGAGUGAUAAUUAUAAGAGUGGAAAUGAAAUUAGGGAUAUUUUGAACGAUUUAAGCUCAAGACUUGAGAUUUUGUCGAUUGAGAGAAAGAAUGCCCCUAAAACUAAUGAUUGGGUGGAUGAGUUGUCAGGAUUGGUUGAGAAAAUAGAUAUUGUUGAAGAGAGGAAAUUUAAUGUGCCUGAAUAUAUGAGUGUUGACUCAUCUCUUUCUCUUACACCCGAUCUUUCUGAGUUCUCAUCAUAUGUUAGUCGGAAUAUUGUUGAUGGUGGUUUUGAGAGCGUGGUGGGUGAUUAUGAAGAGUUCAGGGGUGAUAACGAAACCAAGAACCUUGGUAUAGUACCAAAGAAGAAUGUAUUGAGAAGAGAGGAUGAGAGGUUGGUGUCUACAAGACAGUCGUUUGAGUCUAAUUUUGAAGACGAAGAGGAUGGCGAGUCUGAGGUUGAUGACCAUAUGAAAAGAUUACCUGAAAUUAAUAAACAUAGUCAAAUAUUGACAAAAAAUGAACCUAAAAGGGUGUUUGAGAGAUUAAGAUCUGUGGGUCAAUCUUUUGUGUCUUAUGGUAUAGAAGAGGAUGAUGAAGAUGAUGAUUGUGUGAUUGUAAGUGGGAAUAAUGUUGCUAAAAAAUUAGAGACGUGUGGUGGUAAGUUGGAGGAGUCUGACCACUCUGGUGUGAUGAAUGUGCUGGAUGAGUGCACAGAUGGUUCUGUUUUGCAGGAUGAUGGUUCCAUUACUUUAAAUGGGCCAAUGUCUACUUAUUUGCUUCCAGGAAAGAUCGCAAAAAUGUUGUUUCCACACCAGUGUGAAGGGUUAAGAUGGCUUUGGUCUUUGCAUUGUCAAGGUAAGGGUGGAAUAUUAGGGGAUGACAUGGGGUUGGGAAAAACAAUGCAGAUAUGUGGCUUCUUAGCUGGAUUGUUUCACUCAAGAUUGAUCAAUAGGGUAUUGGUUGUUGCCCCAAAAACAUUGCUCCCUCAUUGGAUCAAAGAAUUAUCUGCUGUGGGGCUUUCUAGGAAGACUAGAGAAUACUUUGGAACUUGCAUCAAAACUCGGCAAUAUGAACUCCAAUAUGUGCUUCAGGAUAAAGGUAUUCUUCUGACAACUUAUGAUAUUGUGCGUAACAACUCAAAGUCUCUAAGGGGGGACAAUUACCUUAUUGACGAAAGUAGUGAGAAUGAGGCCACAUGGGAUUAUAUGAUUCUUGAUGAGGGCCAUCUCAUAAAAAAUCCAAGUACACAAAGGGCCAAAAGUUUGCUUGAGAUACCAAGUGCUCAUCGAAUAAUUGUUAGUGGUACACCAAUUCAAAACAAUCUUAAGGAAUUGUGGGCUUUAUUUAACUUCUGUUGUCCAGAGUUAUUGGGUGACAACAAAUGGUUUAAGGAGAAAUAUGAGAAUCCUAUACUUAAAGGAAAUGAUAAGCAUGCUUCUGAGAGGGAAAAGUGUAUUGGUUCAGCAGUUGCUAAGGAGCUACGAGAACGUAUUCAACCUUAUUUCUUGCGUCGCUUAAAGAAUGAGGUGUUUCUCAAAGAUGAUGCCACAAAGAGUGCCACACUUUCCAAAAAGAAUGAGAUCAUUGUGUGGCUAAGACUGACUAAUUGUCAGCGACAACUCUACAAAGCUUUUUUGAAUAGUGAGCUGGUUCUUUCUGCUUUUGAUGGAUCCCCAUUGGCUGCCCUUACGAUUCUGAAGAAAAUAUGUGAUCACCCACUUCUCUUGACCAAGAGAGCAGCCGAAGAUGUACUUGAUGGGAUGGACUCAAUGCUAAAUCCUGAAGAUGCUCGUGUGGCAGAAAAAUUGGCGAUGUAUAUUGCUGAUGCUACCGGGGGAGAAGAAUUCCAAGAGCAACAUGACAAUGUCUCAUGCAAAAUAUCUUUUAUUUUAGCCUUAUUGGAUGAUUUAGUUCCAAAGGGUCAUAAUGUUCUUAUUUUCUCACAAACUCGCAAAAUGCUUAAUCUUAUUCAGGAAUCUAUCAUAUCCAAUGGCUACAAGUUCUUACGUAUUGAUGGCACUACAAAAGCUAGUGAUAGGGUGAAGUUCGUUAAUGAUUUCCAAGAAGGUGAUGUGGCUCCUAUAUUUCUUUUGACAUCUCAAGUUGGUGGUCUAGGUCUUACACUUACUAAAGCGGAUCGUGUGAUUGUGGUGGAUCCCGCUUGGAAUCCAAGUACUGAUAAUCAAAGUGUUGAUCGUGCUUAUCGAAUCGGCCAAAAAAAAGAUGUCAUUGUAUACAGAUUAAUGACUUGUGGAACAGUUGAAGAAAAGAUAUACAGAAAGCAGAUAUUCAAGGGAGGGUUGUUUAAAACUGCAACUGAGCACAAAGAACAGAUUCGGUAUUUUAGCCAGCAGGAUCUUCGGGAGCUUUUUAGUCUUCCUGAGCAGGGAUUUGAUAUUUCUCUGACCCAGCAGCAAUUACAUGAAGAGCAUGGCAACCAGCAGCAUAACAUGGAUAAAUCCUUGGAAGCCCACAUAGAGUUCCUGGAAACGCUAGGUAUUAGUGGAGUUAGUUAUCACAGUUUACUUUUCUCCAAGACAGCUCCAGUGCAAGUUGUGCAGGAGGAUGUGGAAGAAUUAAGGGAAAAGAGCUCCGCAUUCGUAGGGAACCCAUCAUCUGGCUAUUUGGUUGAACGUAAUGUUGAUGGGGCUGAGUUUGCUUUCAAACCGAAAGAUAUAAAGCAGCUAAGCAAGAAAAAUUUUUCCUCUUCUCCUGAGAGUUUAGCUAAAUUGACAGAGUCAGAAAUCAAAGAAAGAAUUAAUCGAUUGUCACAAAUUCUUGCUAAUAAGGGUACAGUUGAGAGAUUACCAGACAAGGGAGAAAAACUGCAGAAGCAGAUUGCUGAGCUGAACUUGAAGCUCAAGAAGUUGAGGACAGAUGAAAGAUCCGAGACCGAAGUCAUUGAUGUUGAUGACAUAAUGGGUAAUUUCAAGAGAGUUCUGAAUGUAUGAACCAUCUAUGCUGCAGGUGAUGUAUGGUGACAUUGGAGUAAAUAUUGUAGAUGAGACAAAACAAUAUCACUAGAUGGAUAAACAAGUUGAUCUUGAAUCAAAUUGGAGGUUUGGCUUAAGAUUGAUUCGUUUGAAUUGCGUCGUGGAUUUGAGCUAAAUCAAUUCACAUUUGAUCCAUCCCUACUCCUAAGAACUAGUAACAUAUGGAACUAGUUCGGUUUGUUAUAAACUUAGGAUUUUGAUCUCCACAAAAGUUGCCAUAUUGAACUUUUUAAAGUUUGUCAAACUUGAGUUUGACUUGAAUUGGAUCUAUUAUAUGAUCUUCAAAAGAA